AUAUUUGCAAAAAGGAAGCAAAGAAAGCGACCCAGUGCAAAAGAAUACGAUUAUUUGAGUGCUAUCGUCAAUACAACGACAAAUACGAGACAACCGUUUUGAGAUAGAGAAUGGCAAAUAAAAAUGAAACUAAUUUUCUGAAGAUAAUUUUGUUGUUGAUGAAAUAUGGAUCGAAGGUUUUACAGCACAGAAUUGAGUUUGAACUUCGAAUUCGGAAAUGGCAGCGAGUUUACGAUUUCAUAGUAGAAAGAAAACAUGACAUUCUUCAUUUGACGCUUGAUAGGCACAAAAGAUGCUGUAUUAACAAUUGUUCAGUAAAGAUUUUAACAAAGAGUUUGUUACAUAAAGGUUCAUUGGAGCUUAUGUUUGACGAUGUGAAAAGAAGUUGCUCAAAGAAGUUCAUCCAUUGCUGUUCCUGCAAAUUUAUACCGAAAUCUGAUUUGGAUAUCAGUAAAUGGGAUAUAACAAUGACAAGCUGCUUGCUUUUAGAAGUUAUUGGUUUUGAUGAUCCUGGACAGAAGCAAGCGAUUAAGAACUUACGAGACCUAAGAAACAGCAAGGAACUCUUGCACAGAGGAAACGCAGAAAUGAAGGAUGAAGAAUAUAAAGAAAUACGGAAAAACUUGUCAAACAAUAUCAAGGAAAUAGCUGAGAAAUGUGAACGACAUUUCUUUUCAUCCAUUUGUAAUGAAUUGGAGGAAAUAAGAACAAAACCACUUACUCAGAGUGAAGUUUUUCAACUACAAGAGCAUUGGAAAGAAUUGAAGAGUAAUAGUCAUCAGAAAAGCGCAACAUUACAACAAGACAUCGACAUGGAAGAUAUAACAUAUUAUUCAAAGACUGCUCUUGAAGAACACAAAGAAAAGAUUGAUAUGUACGUAGAACCAAGUAGUGCAAUAAAACAUGGCAUAAAGAAGCUUGAAGAAAAAAAUAUCAUAAUAACUGGAGAUGCUGGAAUUGGUAAAACUAGAUUUGCUCUUGAGUUGAUGUCUCGGAUACAAAACAAACAUCAGAACCUCACGGCGUUAGUCCUCACAGACAGCAGCCAGUGGGACAAAUUAGACUUUAAGAAAGUAUAUAUUCUCCUUAUUGAUGAUACGUUUGGAAAAUCGAAAUUACAUGAGUGUGCUUUUCAAAGCUGGUGCAGCGUUUUUGAUCGCAUGGAUAAACGAUUGCAAACUGGCCAAGUGAUGGUCAUUUUUGCUCAGAGGAAUUGUAUUUGGCACUUGAUCAAAGACAGGCUCUCUGACUAUCCUUUGUUUAGAGCAAUAGUCUUGGAAAAUGCACAAAUAGAUCUCUCGGGGGAAUUUAGUUUAACAAGAGACGAAAAAGCCAGGAUAUUAGCUAAUUUUUGUAGGCGCCUUAAUGUUAAAUAUUGCCUUACCUUAUAUGAAGAAGAAACUUUGUCUAUAUUUUCAACCGAUGGUCUGCUGCGACUCAGCCAUGAAACUAUCAGGACCCUUUUAAACAUGGAUACUUCUUGUGGCUUCCCAUUUCUUUGUGAACAGUCUUUCUCUGACUGUAAUUUGUCAAACAAAUCCAUUUUAAAUAUAUUUCAGAUACAUUCUAAUCUGACUUACAUGAAAGAACUAGUGGAUGAUUUAUUGUGCCAGCAGAAAAAUAUCCAUUAUGCUGUGUUAGUCUUUCUUUUCCUGGAAGAUAAGUCUUGUAAUGUUGAUGCAAUUCUAAAAGCGAAGAAAAAAAUUGCAGAUCUCGGCAUAGUGAACUCUUCAGAAAUAAUUCCUGCAAAAAUUAAAGGAUGUCUGAAAGACAUGAUGAAUGCUUGUAUCGAUGUUUCUGAUGAUGGUGGUUUCAAAUUGAGACACAAGAGGAUAUAUAGUGCUGUGCUUUUAUCAUUUGGAGAAAAUUUUCCUAGGAAGUUUUUAGAGUUUAUCUCCAAGACCGUAUUGUUUUAUAAUGUGAGAUCUGAAGGUUAUGAAGGUGGAAAACAGGAAACCUUUGUUCGAUUAGACGUUGAUAUGACGUUGCCAUUUGCAAAGAAACUCAUUGAUGUAUAUGGAUCAAAUAAAGAGGAAGCAUUCUCUGAAGUGUACAAACACCCAUCGUUCCUAGACAAAAGGCUGGUUGAUUGUUUUCUGGGCAUUACAGAAAAUGAUGAAGCGUUCACUGCCCAGUUACAUUCUUUUAUAUAUGGUGCUUGCGAGUAUGGAAAUGAUUUUCUGGCAAGUGAAGUUAUUAGAAGAUGUUUAAACUCUGACAGUGUUGAUACAAAUAUUUUUAAAAUGGUUUUUCAGUUUGACCUUGUUUAUACUUUUCGACAAUAUCUAAAGGAUUUGGGUUUUGAAAAACCAUUUGUAGAAAGUUUGCAUCAAAAAAGCUUCAGCAUUGAGCUCUUUAAUUUUGUUAUCAAUCGGGGAUGCAGGCAAUGCCUAAUGGAAAUUCUGAACUUUUUCGAUACAGAAGAGAAAGAACUAAUGGCUGAAGGAGAAAAGCAAAGCGUGAUUUGCGAGUUGACAAACAAAAUGCAAGUUUCUCUGGAUAAAAUUUUGUCUCUACAUAAUCCAUAUUGUGGGGAGGAUUGGAGCGAUGUUCUUAUAAAGUUAUCAAAGAUGUGCCAGGAUCCAGAAGCAAGACGCAUGUUUUUAAUGAACAUCAUCCUCAUGAGUUCUAUCAAUCAUGUUAAACUCGACAUUGCAUAUACCUUUCUUGCGAUGAUUGAACCUUUCAGCUUUUAUGUAGUGAACGAGUUUAUGGAUCAUGUCUUUUUGUUUAACAAUGAACAUCUAUUUAGGGUGUUGUGCAAAAGGAUUAAAAGAGAUCAAAUCCAAAUUGAUUCCUGGAGAGCGGCAGAAUUAUGUAUAUGUUAUACACGUCUAUAUGGGAACGAGAAAAUGUCGAAUUGCUUUAUGAGUGAAUUUCAGUGUGAUUUUAACUGUACUAGUCAAUGGCUGAAAGAUAUCACAAUACUUCAUGCUUGUGAAAUUGUCAACUUUUCUGAUUCUACCUUAUUACGUCUUCUUUUGAGACCAGAGGGAAGGUUUAUGUUAACGUCAAAAGAUGCAUUCUUUGGAUGGACUCCCGUUCAGUUCCGGGCAGCCUACAAAAGGAUCAGACGACUGGAUAAAUCGGGUACCCCACGUCAGUCCUCUGGUUAUCUUCGUGUACGUGAUAUAGACAGCUGGAGAGACGAUGCUAUUGUCGUUUAUUCAUCUUUCAAAUAUUCCCCGAUCGUUUCAGGUUUUUCAAAACUAGAGUGUCAACCGUCUACAAAAGAUUGGUGAUAAUGAAAGGGAAUUUAUACUUUGUAUUAUGCUAGCUGAAGACGCUACGAUUACGCGUUGAUAAACAAUGCACACUUAUAUCAGCUUUUGUUCAUCUGAUGUGCUUUAAGUAUUAUACAUUCAUUUGUUGUAUUUUCACUAUAAAGAUUACUGUUCAUAUUGCAGUAAUGCAUUAUUGUCAUUAUGUUCCCUGUUUGUUUAGACUUCAAA